AUGGACCAAAAUCAUCUCAGGCGCAAGGAUACCACGAAGGGUCCGCCUCUACGCGUUCUGUCGCUAGAUGGCGGCGGCGUUCGCGGAUAUUCGAUGCUCAUUAUUCUCCAAGAGCUCAUGCACAGAGUCUAUGUCGAGACCGAGGGAGAACCACCAGAUCGGCAGACCGGCACCCCGAAGCCUUGCGACUAUUUCGACCUGAUCGGCGGCACUGGCACGGGAGGAUUGAUUGCAAUCAUGCUAGGGCGCCUGCGGAUGGAUCUAGAAACCUGCAAGGCCGUCUAUGUGAGGAUGACCAGAAAAGUAUUUGAGACGGACAAGACAUUUGCCGGCAUUCCAUACAAGCACACUUUAUUCAAGGCCUCCAAACUCGAAGAGGCUAUCAAAUUGUGUGUUCAAGAGCACACCCUCUUUGAGAACGAGGGAAAUGACGGCACGGCUUCUGGAGGACGCGAAUUCCAAGACUUGACGAGUCCUGUCAGCACCACCAGCACUGCAGUGAGGAGGUCGAUCAGCGUUAGAAGCUCCAAUUCCAUCAACAGUCCCGCAACUCCGCUACGCAACUCCCUGGUCUCCCCCUCGUUUCCUGCCUGGGGCAAUGCGAAUGCCAGCCUCUAUGACAACCGUCCUAAUCGGACCAAGACCGCUGUCACGGCAGUGUACCAAGGGACAAAUCCUCGUACGGGCUCCUCAAUCCUUUUACGAAGUUACGAUAGCCGAAAAGAGCCACCUCCAGAGUACAACUGUAAGAUCUGGGAAGCUGGAAGAGCCACUUCCGCCGUUGGCCUGGCCUUCAAACCCAUUCAAAUUGGUCAAACGGUGUUUAUAGACGAGGGCGCAGGCAAAUUCAACCCAGCGCCACAGUUGCUCGAAGAGGCCGCCGUGAACGAAUGGCCGGGUAGAGAGAUAGGUGCCUUUGUCAGUAUUGGGACCGGGAAACGGCCUGAAGGUACCAAUGCCCGGCAACACGAAUGGUGGGAAGACUUCAUUGGUGGCAGCAUGGGCGCCUUUGCAGAAGCCAGACGCCGACUCAUAGCCAAAAUCGAAGGCUGUGAAGAAACGCACCAGCAAAUGCUCAAAACAGAAUUGCCCAAGCGAGGCGUGCCCCUCGACAACUACUGCCGGCUGAACGUCUCAGUCGGUCUCGGAGAGUUUGCCAUGAACGAAUGGCAGCAUUUGGCGCAGAUGACGGUCAACACCAGGAAGUAUCUCAAUGAACCUGCAACCCAAAAAGCACUCAUGGAGAUGGCCACGAAGCUGGCCAAAAUUGAAUUGAUGAAGAGGAGAUACGAGCGCCAAUCAGAAGUCCACGCUCGGGAGUCAAGCUGGUCGUUGAGACAGAGUAACAUCCCUCCAAUUCCAUCUCACCCCUCGGCCGUUGAGUUGCCAGCAGACGAAGACACCUACCCUACGACUCCCCCUCAACAUUAUCGUAUCCCUGGAAAUCCCCCGUACCCUGAUCAGAUGGCAUUGUCCCAGGAUAAAUUUGCCUUGGUUCCAGGAGAAUCACCUCCGCAGCGCUUGUCAAGCGAUUUGCCAUAUCGAGGAAGGGAUGACAAGAUAUUCGUACCUCCACCACCGCCUACAGCUACAACAUAUAAUCAGUCACAAGUACCUCCUCCAAGACCCCCAAAGACACCAAUCAACGAUCACGUUUAUCCGAAUUAUCCCCCGCAACGAAUUUCACCCGUGAGGCCCAACGGGAUUCCACGGCCACCAUACCCUGACGACGAAGAGCCUCCGCCACAGUUCAACCGAUACAAGAAGCCAGAAUAUAUCCCCAGGUAG